CUAAAUAAAUAAAAAUUGCCAUGUGACAUAGGAUUCAUGAAAAAAACAAAUAAAUAAUAGUUUAAGCAGCAUGCCCCACUUGCAUCCAAAAGUCUCUUUUAUCACCUAUGAUCGAAAAGAAAAGAGUGAAUUAUAAAAGACUAACGAAGGGGGAAGAGUUUAAAUUAAGUGGACUUAACAUGGAUGAACCAAUACCUAACCAGGAGUAAUAGAUUUCAAGAGCUUAGCAAGAGACUAAAUUCUCUUAUGGAGGAAAGAGAAGGAGAAGUGAAAUAUAUUUAUUUUAGUCAACUUUUAGAAUAAGAUUUAUUUUCAUUUUUUAUUACAUUCAUGGGUCUAUUUUUGGACUUGUAAUGAGCUGCUAGCUUUUUUAUUGUUAUUUCUAAGUCUUUUAAUUAUUAGAUUAAUUAUUGGGCCUUGGGCAUAAUUUAGGAUUAUUUGUAGGAGUUAUAAAAAGACUCUCACCUUGUUGGCAAUUUUGAUGAAAACUUCAUAUUAGACACAAUUAAAAGAGUGUCUAUCUUGGUUCUUAUGUGAAAUAUUAAGUUCUUAUAAAAAAAUUAUUAUUUAUGACGAAUCAUCUUCAGCUUAUCAAUCACUCAAGAUUGUGGUGUUGUUCUUUCCAUCUCUUUCUUUAAGUCUGCUUUAUCCUUUUAUUUUCCCCAAUUUCGUAGAGCUCCAAAUUGGUUAUCCAGUUUGUUGAUGCUAAAAAUUGGAUUCGUCAAUCAGGGUUCCAUCAAAAUUACAAUUCCCUUUUUUGUAUUUCACCUUUGAGAGAUCCUUAGAUCCACCAACAUUAGUCAUCAUUUUCCUUGACAUUUCUUACACCUACAACCACCUAGAUUCAAGGAAGAAAAAGAGAAAGAGAAAAGGGGAAGAAAAUAAAAUCAAUCAUGGAUGGUGAAGUUGAGAGGUUCAUCAAGGUAUGGCUCACAACCAUCUCAUGUCUAUGCUAUUGUUAUUACAUAGCUUCUAGAAUACCAAAAGGCUUCAUGAGGCUUCUCUUCCUCCUCCCUAUUCUCAACCUCUUCCCCACCCUUCCCUUCAACCUCUCUUCCUUCCACCUAGGUGGCCCCACCACCUUCUUCCUUGUUUGGCUUGGCACUUUCAAACUCAUUCUUUUCUCCUUCAACCAAGGCCCUCUUGCACUAUCACCCCCAAACAUUCUCCAUUUCAUUUCCAUAGCUUCCCUCCCCAUCAACCCCAAACAACACUCACCAACCAAAAACAACCACACAAACAACACCCAAAAGCCAAAAUGGCUUUUGCUCCUAAAAGUGCUUAUUUUUGCAAUGAUCAUACGUGCUUAUGACUAUAGAGAAAAGUUGCACGCUCAUUUCAUCUUAGUCCUCUAUUGCUGUCACAUGUACCUUGGCAUAAAAUUUGUGUUAGCCCUUAGUCCUAUCUUGAUUCGAACCCUUUUAGGGUUUGAGAUUGAACCACAAUUCAAUGAACCAUACCUUUCCACAUCCCUUCAAGACUUUUGGGGUCGUAGGUGGAAUCUCAUGGUUACCCGUAUUCUACACCCCACCAUAUACUACCCCAUAUACCCUAUUUUCAUAUGCUUUGUGGGUCCCUCUUGUGCCAUGACAAGUGCCAUGUUGGCCACGUUUCUUGUGUCAUGGCUCAUGCAUGAGUUAAUAUACUAUUACCUCACACGUGUGACUCCCACGUGGGAAGUCAUGUGCUUUUUUGUGCUUCACGGUGUGCGCACCACGGCGGAGAUGGCAACGAAGAAGGUGAUGCUCCGCCGUGGGUGGCGGUUGCAUCACCUUCUUCAUGUUUUUUUAAAUCUAAAUGCAUGGAAAAUAAUAUUUAGAUUAGCACAAAUAAUCAACAUAAUAGGAGGAUCGUGUUUUUUUUUCAUGUGUGAAAUUGUCUUGGAGUAACGACAAUUAUCCACACUGAGUAAGAUUAGUGUCAACCAAAUGGGUUGGAAAAAACACUUGACCUAAAACAAAAACAAAAAAAAAACCAUGGAAAACACGAGGAGCCAUGAAAUGGUGAUCUAUAACAAAUAUCUGAUGAAAAAAAAUCUAUAAACAACAAGAAAAUAAAAGAUAAAUUACAUAAAAAAGCCAAAUCAGAUCUAGAUAAAAAAAAACUCAAAUUAUAAAACAACUAAGAAGAAUCGAUAGUAAGUGUCAAAAUUUUAUAUAUUAUAGUAAAUGGUAUUCACGGUGAGAGAUGGUGAGUUGUAUGGGCUGUUUUGGUUUGGAAUAUAUGGAAACAGAGGAACUCUAACAGGAAGAGGUAGAUAAUGACUCACCUAGAGGAUUAUGUUUUUUAGUGUAUUCUGUUAGGUUCUUAGUGCUGAGGGGCAGCUCUGUUAGAAUCAUAGUGCUGGGGUAGUUUUUGUUAUGGCAUGAUAGCAUAAGUGCUUUUCGUUAUCGCUUUUGUAUUUUGGGACGUGGUGUUUGUCUGGUAGCUUGUUGCAAUCAUGUUAUAAAUAUCAUCGUCUCCAUGCAAGAAAGGAAUAAAAAAAGAAAUUUCUUCUCCCUUUCUCUCUUCUAAGGAGGCAUUCCUGGACCUCGAAUCCCAGGAGGUUCACUGUGUGAACCUAACAAACUCGAUCGUCUUUAGGGGAGCAACAUUUAUUUGACACUCAAGUUGUGUUAAAGGACACCAUCUUUUACUCCGGAUCAUGGUUAAAAGGUAUUUAAAGAGUUUUUCCCUACUCUUUUCAGCAAUGGCAGGGUCGACCCAAGGCUAAGGCCAUCCAAACUCUUGUUUUAGGCCACUAAAAAAUAAAUUUUUUACUAUUAAUAUAUGUAUAUUAAACAUAUGCACUAUCAAGGACCACGAACUGUUAUACGUGAAGUUCUGUCGUGACAUGCGUGUGGAAGGUAUCAAAUAUUUUAAAAUAAAAUAUGAAUAAUUUUAUUAAAUAUUUUAAUAAUUUAGAAAAAACUCCAUUUUUUUUUGUCAACAAAAAAAUCCCAUUUCGAAGUUUGGUUUAGGCUUACUAAUAUGUUGGGCCCGGCCCUGAGGAUAAGC